ACAUCUACUAUGAACAAAACAAUAUUUAAUCAAUUGAUCACAACAAUCCAAUGCCGAACAGCAAUACAAUAUUUCGGUUCUGUCAUGGCUUCUGAACCCUUUAUAUUAAUUGGACCUGAAAUAGAACCAUCAGUCUCAUUAAUUCCUCAGUAUCUUUGCCAUGGCGAACCCAAAAACAGUCAUUUCCCCUCUCAUUUUCCUGAUGCUAUACACUGCUACGUUCAUUAGGACUGCCGAUUGUGACUUCUUUGCUCAGUUAAUUCCUAUAUCCCUUGCCCCAUCUCCGUAUCCAAUCCCGAGACUUGAUUGGUCUUCUCCAAGUCCAAGACCUGCUACGCCUUCCUAUUUUCCGGAUCCAAGUUCUCCUAGUUAUCCCGCAAUAGCCUCUCCUCCGGCCGUACCUGUUUCUCCUUCUUACCCUGGAACGCCUUUUUAUCCUGCAGAACCUACUUCUCCAUCAAAAUCCAUGCCUGAAGCACCUGCUGCAAAUUCUCCUACUUAUCCUGUAGUAUCCUCUCCUCCGGCCAUAUCUGUUUCUCCUUCUUAUCCUGUAGUACCUGCUUCUCCAUCAGAACCCUCAUCUGAAGCACCUGCAGCAAAUGCUCCUGCUAUUUCUCCAACAGCCCCACCACCACCACCAUACCCGUCACAACCACCAGUAGGUUAUGAUUAUCAAGGAAUCAAAGCAGCUUACUGGCCAUCAUUCAGUGGACUCGAUGCGUCUGCUAUCGACACUACAUAUUUUACUCAUAUUUAUUAUGCAUUCUUGUUACUUGAUCCUGUCACCUACAAACUUGACGUUACACCAUUUGAUCAAGAAAAGAUACCUGGGUUCAUCAGCACUCUUCGAGCCCGAAACCAUCCUGUCACUAUUCUAUUGUCUAUAGGAGGUGCUGAUAUUAACCAAACUAAGUACUUCUCGAUAAUGUCGAGUAGCAGAGAAACACGAGAAGGUUUUAUCAGCUCAACUAUUGAAGUUGCUAGAAAUUAUGGAUUUGAUGGGCUCGACUUGGACUGGGAAUCCCCUGCAAAUGAUCAAGAGAUGUUAGAUUUGGCUUUAUUAUUGAGUGAAUGGAGAAACUCUUUAGACCUUGAAGCUACAACAACUGGACAACCGCGUCUUUUGCUAUCUUCUGCUGUCUACUACUCUUCAAGAUUUACUAGUUAUGGUGAGCCUAGAUCCUACCCAGUUCAAGCUAUGAAUGAUUUUCUUGACUGGAUUAAUCCUAUGUGCUAUGAUUAUCAUGGUGCAUGGGCGAACUUCACUGGCCCAAAUUCAGCCCUAUUUGAUCCUUACAGUAAUGUGAGUACUAGUUACGGUAUCGGGUCAUGGAUCGAAUCGGGUGUAUUGCCUGAAAAGAUUGUGAUGGGGCUACCACUGUACGGUCGGACCUGGACACUCCAGAAUCCGAAUGAUCACGGGAUUGGAGCAAGAGCUAUUAGUGCAGGACCCGGAGAUGGGGUUUUAAGUUAUAGUCAAAUUAUGGAAUUUAACAGUAUCAACAAGGGAGCAGUUCAUUUUGAUGGAGCAACUGUGUCAUAUUAUUCUACUUCCGGGGAUUCUUGGAUUGGCUAUGAUGAUACCAUUUCUGUGGAUUGGAAGGUCCGGUUUGCUCGCUCACGAGGCUUGGGUGGAUACUUCUUUUGGGCUCUUGGCAUGGACUUGGACUGGACUAUCUCAAGACUAGCUUCAAAUUCAUGGGAUCGCAAGUGAAAAUUUGCAGCAGAUCAAGUGAGAGUCAGAAGGACGAGAAGUAUUCGAACAAAAUAAUAUUAAACAAUCUUUCAUAUGUUAUGAUUUCCAUUUUUUUUUUUUUUUGUGGGUACUCUUUCUGAAUAUUUAGCCCUGAAUGAAUUCUUUCUUCUUCUUCUUUUUUGUCUUUCUAUUCUUACACUUAUACGUUUUUUCUUCAAAUUAUUUGAACAUAGACGAAGAUGAAAUUUCUGUGUACUUGAAUGGAUGAAAUCAAUAAGAUCAAUAUCGAAAUAUCCGAUGGCCUUGACGUUUUC